AUGUCCGAUUUUUCAUCUAUUCAUAAAAACCCGGAGAGGGUUGAAAUCAAUGAGAUGGUGAGUCCUCAACCAUCUCUUGCUCCAAAAAUAGACAAAGAGAUUGACCUUGGAGCAAAGUAUUUGUCGGAGAAUAAGGAAUAUGCUAGAUAUACUGAAAAGGAAGCCAAAAGGGUUCUUUCCAAAAUUGACUGGCAUUUAAUGCCUAUUAUGACGAUUUGUAUUACACUAGCUGCCGCUGACAAGAUCGUUAUCAGUAACGCUGCUCUUUAUGGUAUGACCAGUGUGCUUAAAAACAAGAGUGAGUACUCUAUGUUAGGAUCAAUUUUUUACAUUGGUUACUUAGUGGGAGAACUUCCAGCAAACUUGUUGCUUCAAAGGCUCCCUGUGGGAAAAUGUAUCAUAACAUCCUUUUUUUUUUGGAACACGAUUUUGAUGUUGAUGGCUACUGGAAAUAACUUUGGUAGUUUAGCGGCUCUAAGAUUCUUAAUGGGUAUUGGUGAAACAUUUCUCCUUCCAGGAUGUACCGUUAUUACUUCUAUGUUCUACAAAAAAAGUGAGCAAGGACUUCGUUGUGCCAUCUGGUAUUCCGGUUUCUCCUUUUUGAUCACGGGUAUCCUCUCCUACGCUAUUGGCCAUGCAGAUGUCAAUAUUGCCAACUGGAGGUUACUAUUCUUAGUGUUUGGUAGCAUUACCUUAUUCUUCACCUUCUUCAUGUGCUUUUUAGUUCCGGAUUCACCAAUGGCUUGCCGCUGGCUUGACGAAAGAGAGAGCUAUAUUGCUGAGGACAGAACCAAAGAAAACAGAACUGGUACCAAGAACACGUCUUUAAAAAAGGAGCAAGUGAUCGAAGCUUUGACAGAUUACAAAUCCUGGUUGGUAUGCUUAUUCGUUUUAUGCUUCAACAUCCCUAACGGUGCCUUGGUGACCUUUGCUGCUCAGAUUGUUAGUGGUUUUGGAUAUUCUCCUUUACGGACUACCUUAUUGGGAAUGCCAACCAGAGUGUUCAUGACGUUGAGCAGUUUUGUGAUUAUUCUUCCCACCUUGAAAAUACCAAGGAAGUACAAGAGCAUUGCCAUUGCGCUAGUUGGAUUGGGUCCUUUGGUGUGCGGUAUUUUGAUCAAAGAAUUAAAUCAUCAAACGAUCAACAAAAACGGUUUGUUAUUGACAUACUACUUGUUCUAUUUUUAUUGGGGUCCUUACGUCGGCGUGCUUUCUCUAUCUAUGGCCAAUACAUCUGGCUAUACCAAGAAAACAAUUGUCAAUGCAAUGACCUUCAUUUCCUACUGUGUUUCCAACAUCAUUGCACCACAAUUCUUUAAGUCUUCGCAGGCACCUGGUUACGAGAUGGGUUUUAAUGCCAUUCUAGGAUUUGUGGCUGUUGGAAUUACAACUAUUAUUGCUUAUGCCAUUGGUUGCAUAAUGGAGAACCGGAAAAGAGACGCAAAAUAUGGACCUCCUUCUGGGGAAUAUAAUCUGGAAGAGGACGGAUUGGACCUUACAGACAAACAGGAGGAGGCAGUUUUCCGUUAUUCAUGGUAA